AUGGCUUCCCUCAUUCCCGCCUUGAGAACGCGGGUAACCCAUGCCGCCCGAAUAGGCACACGACAGAUCAGCACAUCAACGUCUCGGCUGCGACAAGGACCCGGCACCGGCGAGAACUUCGAACAAGCGAAUGACCCUACCCCACGAAAGGAAACUCCGAAUGUGUCCAAGACAAAUGAACUAGAAGUCAGCGUGGGCGGCGCCCGGGAUGCGCCACUGCAAGAGUUCCCAGAUGUUGCAGAGAGGGCUAGAGUGCUGCAAGCGCCCAACAGAGCGAAGGUCUGGUCACGGAAUCAAAUGCCCAGGGAGGUCGCCAUGUCUGGACCCAGAUUUGAACAGACCAUCAUUGAGGCUCAGCCUCGACCAUAUGCUGCAAUCGAGCUAAUCCACAAACAACCUGUUCGGUGGGUCAACGAAAAGAUUGUGGCCUGCGACGGCGGCGGUGGACCAUUGGGACACCCGAGAAUCUUCAUCAAUACGGACAGACCUCAAAUCUGCUGGUGCACAUACUGCGGUCUUCCAUAUGCACAUACAAAGAACAAAGCGCAUCUCGAGUCGUUGCCCUCGACUUCGUACCCUCUUGCACCAACGGGCGACCCAGAUGAGAUUCCGGUGCCAAGCAGUCCGAGUCAGAAGGGAGAGGUACAAGGCCAAUAUCCGAUCCUUAAAGGCGAGCAUGAGGCGGAAAGUGUUAGCAAAGAAGCAUUCGAACAGAGAUGA